AUGCAGCCCAUCAUUGUUGGGACUUUGGCCCUCGGCCUCUUAGCAACCGGUGGCGCAGCUUCCCCGGUGCCUAUGCCGACUCCGCCUGGCCUUCCUACCGCAACAACCGCCAAGUCCCUCCUAUCUGGCCUGACUGUGGCUGCGUACACGGAUGACGGCGAGUACAAGCGUACUCUGUUCCCGACUUGGGACACAAUUGAAGGAACCUGCAACACUAGAGAAUAUGUGCUCAAGCGGGACGGUACCGACGUCGUGACCAACUCGGCCUGCGUCGCGACAUCUGGUAGCUGGCUGAGUCCGUACGAUGGCGCCACGUGGACCGCCGUGUCCGAUCUUGACAUCGAUCACAUGGUCCCGCUUAAGAAUGCCUGGAACUCCGGCGCAAAUGCGUGGACAACAGCGAAGCGUGAGCAGUUCGCCAACGAUGUUACGCGUCCACAGCUGUGGGCGGUCACGGAUAACGUCAACGAGGCCAAGGGGGACAAGAGCCCAGACGCAUGGAAGCCGCCGCUGUCUUCGUUUUACUGCACGUAUGCGCGCGCGUGGGUGGAGGUUAAAAGCUACUGGGACCUUAGCAUCACGACAGCGGAGAAGUCGGCGCUGUCAUCUAUGCUGAACACUUGCUAG